AUGAAUGACCUUUUAUCGGAGUCCUUUGAGAUCCCUCGGGGUCAGGGUUCUAGAGGUGGGGAUAUUGAGAUGGGAAUGAAUUCUGCAGACUUGGGCUUGGAGAAUUUCUUUAAAAAGGUUCAAGAGAUCGAGAAACAGAAUGAGAAGCUGGACAAGCUGCUCAAAAAGCUCCAGGAUGCACACGAGGAGUCAAAGGCUGUGACCAAGGCUCCUGCCAUGAAAGGAAUCAAGCAGCGAAUGGAGAAAGAUGUUGAUGAAGUUGGAAAAAUUGCUCGUUCAGUAAAGUCAAAACUUGAGGAACUUGACAGAGAGAAUUUAUCAAAUAGGCAGAAGCCAGGAUGUGGAAAAGGAACAGGUGUAGACCGGUCAAGAACUUCAACUACUAUUCAGGAUAUGAUGAAGCUCAGUGGUCUAAAUCUGCAGUUUGAAACUGAAAGAAGGUUUAAAUCAGAUGACAAUAUUACAGCUGUCAUUUUGGCCUUUUUGUGGGAGAAUAUACUAGCCUUAAAAAAGAAGUUGAAAGACAAGAUGGCUGAAUUUCAGACUCUUAGGGAAAUCAUCCAUCAAGAGUAUCGGGAGGUUGUUGAGAGGCGUGUUUUUACAGUGACGGGAACAAGAGCAGAUGAAGAGACAAUUGACAGAUUGAUUGAGACUGGAGACAGUGAACAAAUUUUUCAGAAAGCAAUUCAGGAACAAGGGAGAGGCCAGGUUUUGAAAGAGGAACAAAAUGUUGAAUUUCUUGAAGAUAUAAUGUCUAAUGCUUUUGGUGAAAUUGGUCGAGAAAACUGUAUCUUAGGAGGCCAUAUAAUGGAUACUUUGGCAGAAAUUCAAGAGCGCCAUGAUGCAGUUAGAGAGUUGGAGAGGAAACUUCUGGAAUUACAACAGAUUUUUCUGGAUAUGGCAGUCUUGGUAGAUGCACAAGGGGACUUGCUUGACAACAUAGAAUCACAGGUCUCAAAUGCAGUAGAUCAUGUGCAGUCAGGGAAUGUUGCUCUACAAAAGGCAAAGAAGUUGCAAAGGAACUCUAGAAAAUGGAUGUGCAUUGCCAUUAUAAUCCUUCUUAUCAUUGUUGUCAUCAUCGUUGUGGCUGUGAUUAAGCCAUGGAGUAACAAAAAAGGUGCUUAG